AUGCACCAUAGUGGCCGCACCUUUGCUGUUGAUUUGAAUGGCCACUCUUGUUCAUGCCAUGCUUGGGAUUUGAAUGGAAUACCAUGUUUGCAUGCAUGUGCUGCAAUAAGUUGGUUUCAUGGGAAUCCAGAGGACUUUUGUGAUGCAGUGUACAAGAAAGAGGCUUAUUUGAGAGCCUAUCAACCAAUGAUUAUGCCUAUGACUAGCCAAGAUCAGUGGAUGAAGGUUAAUUUACCUCCAUUACUCCCUCCGAAAUACCACAAGCAGCCUGGUAGGCCUAAGAAGACAAGAAAACAAGCUGUUGAAGAACCUAAACUUCCUUCUAAUCCAUAUAAGCUUCCUAGGUAUGGCAUCCCUUUAAAGUGUGCCAAUUGCGGUGGAGAAGGGCAUAAUCGAAGUAGUUGUAAGGAUUAUUGA